CUACAUCAUACUUGUCCAUGUGAACAUCCAGAUCCUCUCCCAUCACUUCUUGGUAUAGGCACAUCGUGACACUACCAAACUCGUCUGUGUUUCCCGGGCAAGCCCAUAGCAGCAUGGCCGACAAGUACAUCCUCCAAGUUACUGCGGGUCCCGACUACAAAGACCAGAAGCCCAUCGCUGUCAACUCGGAAAAAUCGGUCCAGAUCUCCAACGAACAUGUCACGGUAGACCUCAGGGUCCGCAUCCAAAACUAUCGCGGUCUGCCUGAAAACUCACCAAAGACGUCGCCAUACUUCGAGCACGAAAAGCAUAAGAACGACCUGUACUCGAUCGCCUUCACGUUCACCCCAAAGAAAGACCUCAACGGCCACGAUGUCGUCUUUGGCAAUGACUUCGACCACCCCAUCAAAGAUAAGCUACCACCGGGCUUCAGUCAAGCCUUCAAGAUAGCGACUUGGUAUAUCGACCCAGGGCUUUACGGCGAUGUAUAUGCGGAUGAGCCAUACCUCUACAGUCCUCUGCUCAGCUCGAUGAACGUGCUGAGGGUGGGGCCCAAGGACGAUAGGGAGCAAGAGAAGGUUGAAGAGGUUCGCGCAAACGAGGAGACAUUGGUGUUUAUGGAAGGUGCGGAUGGAGAUGGACAGGAAAUACGAGAUACUCUCGGGUUGCCAGAAGCGGGACCAGCAAGACAGAAACACUUCUUGACAGAGUCCAAUCUGAAGGACUUCACUUUUGAGAAGGGAAGAGAAUACUCAAACGACUUCUUCAAUCCCUACCUGGACUUCAACGACUUUGCUCUGAAGCUCCCAGGUUUCUACAUGAUUCCCGGCAUUACUAUUCCCAUCAUCAGCCACUGGGAUGGGCAACCACUCCGCUCACACUCGCUUAGAUACGUGAUGAAGAAUCGAGCCACGGACGAACCACUCUUCGUUGUCAUUUUCAAAUUACUGCCUGUAGACAGUGAAGGCAAGCCUAUCGAGACUGAAGAAGCAGACGAGGAGAAGGCGGACAAGCCAUCCGCUAGCAACGACGACGAGCUGGAUUAGGGAAGACCGCUUUCCAUGCCAACAAGUCGAGCGCCCAUCGCAAAGACCCACGCACCCAGGAGAAAUCGAGUUUUCUGCUCCAGAGAAGCAGGUAUGGAGGGCAUGUUUGAGAACCUCGAGAGAAUCCGUAUCCAUACACGGUGAUGUUGCCCACUUGAGAGACCAUCGGCUCUCUCGCGACGGUCGAGCUAGAGAGGGUUGUGGGUGUGCUUCUUGUCCCGACGCCCCACAUCACUGCUGUUAGAAGUUGCGGAGGCCUAUCCCCUGGGCGCUGCGCGUGGCAAGCGUUCUGAUUGCCCUCCUGCUGCGAGGCGACUAGGUAUUCCCGUAGCGGCCGUAGCCAUAUAUCCAGCUGAUUCGACAACGCUGGUUGACGGAACGGAUGCCCUCGGAGACAACAAGUACCCCUGGAAUAUGCACACUGGAAGACGUUUCUGACCAUCAAGAUGGAUCCUCAGACAUACCGUGCAAGCUGUUCAAGCGGUUUGCAGAAGGGAGUCCGUGGUUAAGCACCCGAAAUAAUACCGUGGUAGCCAGUUCCGUUGACAUUCCCACACUCUCAGUCAUUGAAUAGUGAUAGGUACAGAGCUUCCAGGGAGUAUCCGGAGAGUAUUCGUCCAUGGAUGCGUUGAGCCUGCCAUUGCAUUUGUCGCAGAGCACAAAGUCUGUAUACCUAAUAUGUGUUAUCUGUGAAAGUGAAUGGAGGAGCCGUCAGCCGAUGUAUUCCGAACAGAAGCAUGUGACGAGAAAACUGGGGUCCCGGGUCCGAGACAGAGCGGGCAGCUGCAUGACGUGCCAUCAUCUGUCAAGCUCUCCAACCUCGUACCGAAACAACGAACACCGCUGUUGCACCACAACCACCACCACCACCACCACCAUCACCACUACAGCUGCAACCACGCUUCCUGCCAAGUCGAUAUCCACGCCUGAGGACUGUGCGAAGCAGUCCACGGCAUCGCUGCCACGUCUCACCCAAAGCACUCGCGUUUCUGCCUGUUCCAGGAGGCAUCAUCUGACCUGAUACGAUCUGAUCUGAUCGGACCCCACCUUAUACCAUAAACACCGACCGCCUCCCCGCCCUCCACGUCUUUAGUCUUCUCCUAGUCCCCAAACGAACGAAGACAGCGAGCAACAACUGCUACUCCCAGGACCGAGUUGAGAUCCCACCGCAGCAGGCGUAACACGAAAGAGUAGAGCAGAGAAUCAAGGCGGACAGACAGUCGGCUAGGCCCUGGCCAAGUAGCUGUCCCCGAGACAGCACUCCCAAUAACAUGGGCCUCGCCUACAACGUCUACCUGUCCGCCAAAAGAAUCUACGGCUGCAAAAACUGCAAAACCCACCUCGCAGACCACGAUGAAAUCAUAUCUCGCAACUUCCGCGGCCAACACGGGAAAGCCUAUCUCUUCAACAGCGUCGUAAACAUCCAACAAGGCGAAGCGGGAGAACGUAACAUGACGACAGGCAGACACGUGGUACGCGACAUUUACUGUCGACAGUGCAAAGAGAUUGUCGGGUGGAAGUAUGAUCGAGCAUAUGAAUCGACGGAAAAAUACAAAGAGGGAAAAUACAUUCUGGAACAGGAACUGUUGUGUCAGGUGAAUUGAUUGAUGGAUUGAUUGAUGCAUCAAAUAAACUCCUGGGAGAGAGCGAGAGCGACAUUGAGUGAGAAAGGGGAGGCAUGAUUCUUUAAUUUUCGGGAGGGAAUACACUGGGCACGGCGCUGUUGGUACUUCCUCGAGACACGAGGUCACAUGGAACGGGAAGGUUUGGGAUGGAAUUGGAAUUGGGGCCGCGUAUGGGACGGCAGGCGUUGGAACCGCUCUGCUGAAGAUGCAGGUUUUUGGGGGGUUGAGGGGUGCCAGAGGACUGGCAUCGCGACAUCAAGGGUACUACCUAGCUAGGUACCUGAUUUUAACGUGGAGCUGUGGUGGCUUGAUACAUCAUCUGCCAUGAACAAUACAGACCCAAAGCAAUCAUCACCACAAGAGGCUACGAAAGAGUAUGCAACUGCUCCUUCUCAUUUCACUGCCUAUUGCUACAUAUCGGAAGUGGUAUCAGCGCUAUGCAUAAGCAGAUCCAAGGCUGCGCCCCCUUUUUUGCAAAAUGCAGCGACUUGCUACGCCAUGAAAAAAACAAACAGACUGAGGGCGCGCCGCCCAUACCCCUUCCUAGAUGAGCAGCAUUACCAGUAUCAUUUUGAUUGUAUCGAGGUGGCUUGGGUAUGAUCGAAUAGUGGUGAAUUGUGGGUGUUGAUGUAAGUCGCGGUUAUUGUGUUGUUGUUGUAGUUGUAGUAGAGAGGCCACCAGGAGACUUCAUUAGGCAUUCGAGGUCGUAUGUCGUCGAAGCGUAAAGGUCGUCAUGGUCAUUACCCGUGAAAAAAAAAGACAUAAUCGUGUCCAAACGCUGGUCAACGUUUGGGAGGCUGCAUGCCACUCUUGGAAGAUAGGCAUAUCGGGAGCAGUGAUGGAGGCUAUCGUUCAGUGACCCAGCAGCGAUGGCGGAAUCUGUGCAGACGGCGAUCCCACGCUCACACCUCCUCCUCUCUGGCAGUACGGAUCAGCACCCUAUGCUGCAGCCUCCGGGAUUUGGCUUCGACGCAUCUUUUCUUGCUCCAGGUUCUCGUACAAGAGAUACAAGGCCUUCUCAUUGGCUUGUGGACCGCCAGUGAUGGUGAACAUGCGCUCGCCAGUAUCAUCGUGAGGUGCCUUGGCAAUGGAAAUGCGUGCUCCGGAGCUCUUUCGGAUCUCGCUGAUCUUGCUGCCUCCACGACCAAUGAUGCAACCAACCAUGUCGGCAGGGAUGCUGAUGUUCUGCGUCUGAAUGUCCUCACCCUCUUCCACACGUGGCGGAGGGCCGCUGCCGCCGCCGCCGCCUUCGGAUGCGCCAUUGCGGCGAGGUGGGUAAGAUGCAGGAGCACCGCUCGUGAAGUCGGCACCAUUUCCAGUUCUGUUGUAGCUCCGUGGUGCAUUGUAUCCGCGUGAUUCACCAGUGCCAUUGAGAGGUGCAGCAGGUGCACCUCCUCCGACACGAACAGAAGGACUGUAGAGUACGGUGCCAUAUCCGCGCUGCUCAUCGUCUACCAAGCACUUGCCAAUUUCCCACACAGCCUUUUGAAUGCCGUCUGGCGUACCUUGCACCUCGACAAUGCGUUCGGUUGAUUGUGGAAGCAUCUCUUUUUGUGCAACCAUGCGUACACCGCUUGCAUCUUGAAUCUGCUUGAUCUUCAGUCCCUGUCGGCCAAUGAUCGUACCCAUCUGGUUGUGUGAGAUGAGGAGACGAAUAGGGUGAGUGUUAGGCGCCGCGGCUACUGAUCCCCCAAUACCCAUCUGUGGUGCACCCUUGACCAGGCAGUCUGCCACGAGUCCAUAGGCGUCGGCGAUGCCAUUGAGAAUGCCAGUGACAGUCAGGACGCGGUCAUGCACGCCCGGCACGACUUUGCUCACUCCAGCGCGCACGCCAGUCUUGUCCCGUAGGUCUGCCACAUUCUGACCUGCCUUGCCAAUAAUCACACCGGCUUCCUUGGACGUCACAAUGGCUCGCAGGGUGAGCUGUGAUUGAGCAUAUUCGUCAUCGGUUCGCGGUGAAUCGUCUUGGAGGUUGCUGGCACCUAGUCUAUCGGUAAUGGCGUCGACACCAGAGUCCAUAUGAGGUGAGUUCUGCUCGUCUGCCGACAUGUUCUUGAUGCAGAAAGUGGAGGGGCUGGGCGGAUGGGUGGCUACUUUGGGAGCCGAAGUAGGACCUUGGUAGAGGGUCUGGGGGACGAGAGAUAGGCGUCGAAGCUAGGAGCAACGUGAAAGGUGGAGGGCGCGCGGUCGGAGAGGAGAAGGAGCUUAGCUCUGGGCAGUUUCGAGCGUGAAAGGGACCGGGGAGAGCGG